AUGAGGCGUGGAGCUGCUGCCGGCUCCUCUUCGGCAGGACCCAAGCGUGCGCGCCCCUCUAAACUCGCAAAAGAGAACAACAUCAGUGCAGAGGAAGAGAAUGAAAUAAAGGAGGUCUUCCACCUUUUCGCCGAUAAGCACAAGGACUUCCCCUCAGAGAAAGAGGGUGUCAUUCCCCGAGAAGAUGUGCGCAAAGCACUGGUGUAUAGCCCUCGGCCUCCCCCAGAAGACUCAACCGAGCUCUCCGAAAUCCUCUCUGCCCUCGACCCAACCAGCGCAGGUUACAUCCCCUACAGCCCGUUCGUCUCCGUUGCUGCUGCGAAAUUGCGCUCGCGCGAUGAAGAUGCGAUGGCUGAGGAGGUUGAUCAUGCGUAUCAGCUCUUCACACGCGGAACAGAGGGGCCGAUAUCGAUCAACCACCUACGGCGCAUUGCGCGCGAGCUAAAGGAGGACUCGGUGGAUGAUGACCUGCUCAGGGAUAUGAUCGCUGAGGCGAACGGUGGUGCGGGUUUGAGCGCGGGUGUUACGUUGGAGCAAUUUCAUGAUGUCAUGAUGCGCGCGGGUGUUUUCUAG